GUCCGCGCCGUGCCGGGGUGGGCGUGGCCUUCGCGCGCGCAAGGCAGGGCGGGAAAGGAGCGGCCUGAGGGGGCCCCGAGCGGGCGCGACCACUGCGAGCCAUGGCUCCCCCGCGCUGCUCGCGCUGCCCGCUGCCCUCGGCGCUGCUGCGCUCGCGCUCGCUGCUGCCCUUCUGCCGCCGCUGCUUCCUCCGCGCCUUCGAGGCCGAGACCCUGCAGGCGCUGCUGCAGCCCGGGCCCGGCCUGCCGCCCCCAAAACUCGGGGUUCCGCCCCAAAAUCACGGGGUUCUGCCACAAAACCUCCAAAAUCCCGGGGUUCUGCCCCAAAAUCCUGGGGUUCUGCCCCAAAAUCCCGGGGUUCCGCCCCAAAAUCUUCAAAAUCCUGGGGUUCCGCCCCAAAAUCCCGGGGUUCUGCCCCCAAAACUCCAAAAUCCCGGGGUUCCACCCCAAAAUCCUGGGGUUCCGCCCCAAAAUCCCGGGGUUCCGCCCCAAAAUCCUGGGAUUCCACCACAAAACCUCCAAAAUACCGGGGUUACGCCUCAAAACCCUGGGGUUCCACCCCCAAAUCCCAGGGUUCCGCCCCAAAAUCCCGGGGUUCCGCCCCCAAAUCCCAGGGUUCCGCCCCAAAAUCCCGGGGUUCUGCCCCCAAAACUCCAAAAUCCCGGGGUUCCGCCCCAAAAUCCCGGGGUUCCGCCCCAAAAUCCCGGGGUUCCACCCCAAAAUCCUGGGGUUCCACCCCAAAAUCCUGGAGUUAACUCUCAAAACCUCCUGAAUCCCCCCCAAAACUCCCUGAACUCCCCCCAAAAUUCAGGAAUUCCCCCCCAAAAUUCAGAAAUUCCCCCCCAAAAUUCAGGAAUUCCCCCCCAAAAUUCAGGAAUUCCCCCCCAAAAUUCAGAAAUUCCCCCCCAAAAUGUGAGAAUUUCACCCCAGAAUGUGGAAAUUUCCUCCCUAAAUGUGGAAAUUUCCCCUCAAAAUUCAGGAAUUCCCCCACAAAAUUCAGAAAUUCCCCCCCAAAAUUCAGGAAUUCCCCCCCCAAAUUCAGAAAUUCCCCCCCAAAAUUCCGGCCUCCCCCCCCAAAUUUCGGGAGCCGCCGCCCCGCCCCCCCGGCGGUGUCCCCAGCCCGGUGACGCGGUGGCGGUGGCGGCCUCGGGGGGCAAGGACAGCACGGUGCUGGCUCACCUGCUGGCUCACCUGAGCCGCGAGCAUCACCUGGGGCUGCGCCUGGCGCUGCUGGGCGUGGACGAGGGGAUCCGCGGCUACCGCGACGAGGCGCUGGCCGUGCUCCGCGGGGUGGGGGCGGGGCUGCCCCUCCCCCUCCUGCUGGUCUCCCACCGGGAGCUCUUCGGGUGGGGCGUGGACGAGCUGGGCGGGGCCCUGGGGGGGGCGGAGCCGCUGCACCGUGUGCGGAGUGUUCCGGAGACACGCCCUGGAGAGAGCGGCACGGGAGAUGGGAGCGGACUGGAUCGCCACUGGUGAGCACUGGGAUAUACUGGGAGGGGGUUGGGAGUCACUGGUUUGUACUGGGAGGGCACUGGGCGGGGCCCUGGGGGGCGGAGCCGCUGCACCGUGUGCGGAGUGUUCCGGAGACACGCCCUGGAGAGAGCGGCCCGGGAGAUGGGAGCGGACUGGAUCGCCACUGGUGAGCACUGGUUUAUACUGGGAGGGGGUUGGGAGUCACUGGUUUGUACUGGGAGGGCACUGGGAUGGA